GGUGGGGGAAGAGAAGAAGAGCGAGCGAGCAAGACCUGAAUUUGGGGGAGGGACGCGAGGGUUGUGCAAUGGGCAGAAGUUGAAGGGAGUUUCCCGGCUCUAUCUGGGCCAGGGCAAGAGGCUGUCUGGGGGGCGGAGUGCUGUAAGAGCAGCCAACAGCCGCAGGGAAAAGGCGCGCGGGGGCUGGGGGUCGAUGUUGUUGGAGCAGCUGGGCUGACUGCCUCGGCUUCGGUUCCUCGUCUCCUUCCACGGGGGGGAAGGAGAGACGACCAUUUGCAGCCCGCAAGCAAUGCUAAGGGUCGUGUAUUAGGCUUCUGGAAAGGGGGAGUGUAAGCUCUUUAUUACUCGGAAGAGAGAGCUGGCAGAUGUCCCAAGCGAGAAAACCUCUUCCUCCAGGGCCUGAAGGGCCAGAGCGUGUAGCUCCGGCUGCAAAUAGCUUUUUGAUCUCGCUCCCUCGAGAUCAAUGUGAUGGAGACAGACCAACUGUAGGAGGAAAUGAUAUAACAGAGCCUUCAAAUAGCCUAGUUAUACAAGCAGAUACACAAGACCAGUCCAUCUGGGGAAACUGCACUGAUGAUGACCUUAUCAGAACACAACCUCAGCGUUUGCCCCAACCAAAUGUUUCACUACCCAAAAAGUGUGAGGAAAAGAGUGGCAAAAUACAAAAUGGCCAUGCAGGUCUGAGUAAUGGAAGCGGAAUUCACAAUGGAGUCAAACCUGUAGCAACAGACAGCAGAAAAUUUCCAUCACCGGUUUCCCAAAAAAUGCACAGAAAAAUUCAAUCCAGCUUGUCUGUCAACAGUGAAAAUAGCAAGAAAAGCUCUGCAUAUUCUCAUAAGCCAGGUUCUUCACCUGAAGAUUGCUGUGUCCACUGUAUCUUGGCCUGCUUGUUCUGUGAAUUCGUCACCCUCUGUAGCCUUGUCCUGGGACAAGCAUCAUGUGGCGUUUGCCCAGCUGAGGCCUGCUGUUGCUGCUGUGGGGAGGAAAUGGGAGAUGACUGCAACUGCCCAUGUGACAUGGAUUGUGGCAUAAUGGAUGCCUGUUGUGAAUCAUCAGACUGUUUGGAAAUCUGCAUGGAAUGCUGUGGGAUUUGUUUUCCUUCAUGAAACAUUUGGCAUAUUUAUGGCUUGUAUCUUUUUUGUUGUUGUUAAAAACUGGAGAGGGCUCUUCUUGUUUUUAGAAGAAACCCUUUUGAAGGACACUGUUACACCCUCACUGCAGCCUAGUUAUGUGCACUGUUAACUUCAUUUUAAAGAACUGUUGAAAACCAAACCAAUAAGAACAAAUGCUUGAUGGUCUAAUUUGUGAACCUUUUCAUGGUUGCUUGUGUAAAGGUUCUGCUCUCACCUAACAGGUGAAUCAACUGUUAGAGGGUUGAGCCUGGAUAAAGACAGAAGGAUUGGGCCCUUUAGAAUUCCCUGUCAUCUUAAAACAAACAAAUGAAAGCCCAGUUGAUUAACUUCUUUAAUACAAGUUUCUGGAAAUAAUUGAACCAGCAGGAUUGGAGUAACCUUUAAACAAAGUAAUAUUUAAUAUAAUAAUUUCUUUUGAUAUUUGACUUUCUCUAUGGCAAAUAAUUGUAAGAACUCUUGUUUUGAAAUAAGUAACUUUUUCUGUUGAUAGGACUGCUUUAUAUCCUUUAAUGUUUUAACAGUAAUUUGAAUUGCUCAGUGUAAGCUCUGGUUUUGGACACUUAUAAUCAUUUCCCAUCUGUACAAUACAUAAUUUAAGUUUAUCCAAAUUGCAUCACUAAUAACCUGGCCAUGUUUUAAAGACAGUUUAGCCCUGUUUUAAAUUUGUGUUUUGCUUAAAAAACAACACCUGUAUAUCAUGUUUCAAUAACUGUAAAUUCUAAGCUUUAGAACAAUUCAGGAAAGGAUCGUGCACACCUUUGGCUCCUGUGCUUCGCACUCCCAACCAACUCUUGUCCUUAAGUCACUUCCAGAUGAUGUUCUCAGUCUAGUCAAUGAAUAAUGAUCAUGUCUGUUGUAUGUAGGGUAGAAUUAGGGUAGAAUUGGGUAGGGUAGAAUUGGGUAAAAGAAAUUGGGAUGAGCUGUAUAGGAAGUGCUUCCCCAUGCAUAGAAUGAAUUAAAUUUAAGUGGAUUUUUGAAGGUUUUAAAAGGAUAUUGUGAAAGGUUUAAUACAGUAUUUUGAAGGUGAUCUGGUUCUUUAAAAGCAAGGCUUAUCUUACUCUGUAUUCAGCUUUAAUAUAUAGCUAUGUAGUGAAAUCAGAAGGAAGCACAGUGUUUUUCUUUUCUUGUAUCAAACAUUUUUCCUCACAUAAUCAAAAUCUGGCCCCUGUGUAUCAACUGAACAACAUUUCCAUGUGUUUGAAUAAUAUGGUGCUAGUUUACCUUCACAUAUGUGAGUUUUUAUUGUUACAUAUUAGUUCAAUUUAAAUAUACUACUUGGUAAUCUAAAUCUUUUUUUGUUAGUCCAAAUUUCUCAAUGGUCUUGGCUUUGUUUUGGCUUUAGUCUUUAGACCACAUUUUAAAAAUCCAAAUAAUGUGUUUUCUACUCUUUGCAUUGUAAAGAUUGAUCUGUGUGUAGCAAAUAAAAAUCCAAAAGAAUGAAAAAUUUAAUCCUGAACCUACAAAUACUGAUUUACCAAUGCUUACUACUGAAUUAUGGAACUACUUGCCUGUUUCUUGGUAUAUCGUAUUUUAAGGCAGAGGGAAUAUUUUCCCUCCUCUGGUAGCUUUUUCCAUUUUUGUUGCUGUUACAGCUAUAGGAUUGGAUUCUCAUUUUUUGUCCAUUACAUUCGAGAGAAGACUCUGGAGUAAGAAUAGUGACUUUACACUGGUAUGACUUCAUUAUGGAAACUUGGAUAUCUUUUUAAAAAAAAUUUGAAUAAACCACUGAGCUCAGGAUCAGGCCAGUAGGAACUCAGUUAUGACUUCUAGAAGACUGAAGCAUACCUGGAAACGGAAGAAGCAUGUAGAUUGGCUGGAAGUGCCUGGGUGCAUUUUUUUUUUUUUUAAGCGUAAUGGCUCUUGUGAAACUAAGGUGCCAUGGAUGUACAAGAAGGAAUUUCAGUGUUUUGGGAAUAGGCAAGUCUUUUUACCUGACUGGCAGUAUUGCACUAUGUUUGAUGGGAAAGAAUAUGUGCUGCCAUGGGCAGUCAUACUCUUCAUGACUUAAAUGACACAACAGGCUGUAUAGUAGAUUGCCGUAUUCUUUGACAAGGAUUUUCAACAUUGCCAAGCAAAUUUUUUAGCAUUGAAAUGGUGAAAUGGACAGCUUCUUUCUGGCUGCAACUCUGCCACAACUGUCUAGUAUAUGUUUUGCUUUUCAAAAAUAGUAUAUGUAUUGAGCUUUAAUUCAUCCAGAAAUAUUUAAGGAGAAUACAGUAUCACUUUUGAAAAUGAAUUACUGUAAUGUUUGAGCUAGUAAUACGUUAUUCAGAUUUGUGUUUUCAUUAUUGGAUGAUGUAUUUGUAAUUUUUUCAUCUUUUAGAAUACUCUAUAAACAAAGCUUGUGUUACAUUUUUAGGUUAAAAAAAAAUCUGGAAAACAUAGUUAGUUCUCCCUCCUAGAACAAGAUGCUGUGUUUAAAAUUUCUGACUAUUCAAAUUUAACACUAUAUGCCCCUCAAGUGCAAAAUAUUAAAAGCAGAAGUUCUGUCUGUCUCAAGAUGCAUCAAUCCUUCAAAUUAUUUGGAGUUAUCUGAUUAGUAACAGUUUUUAUUCCAAAUAUAAAAAGUUGACACUGAUUUGUUUGACAUGCUAAAUAUAUCCUGCUACUAUGUGUCAUAGAAAUAUUAACAGUUUAUGAUAUUUAUCUCUGCAGGAGAGCACAUUAGUGAAUAGUUUAAAAAACCUUCUAUGUUUAAUUUCUUAAAAUUGAACAUCUUUGUCUUUUUUGAGCCAAUCUUAAUAGAACAAUAUUCUAUUAUAAGUUGAGCAGUGCAAAAAUGCCAUUGAAGUAACAAUGUACUAAUUGCCUAAUCUAUCAACUUCAAUCACAAUGGAGGUCUUCAGUUACAAAGAAUUGUGAACUCUUUUUUAAAAAGUUUACUUUAUGAACUUUCUUUUAACUGGAUCAAUUGUUAUAAAACACUAUUUUGAAAUAAAGAAUUUUUAUUUUGAAUGCA